AUGAUGCUGACAGUAAUCUUCUGCUGGUUAUUCUUGAUUCAUUCUGUUACUCCGGCAAUACCAAUCCCGCGAGGACCAACAACAUCGCCACCAUCGUCAUUGCCCAAGAAGCCGUCAUCAAACUCCCAAAAUUCGGGCAAUAAUAACCAGAACAAUCACCCGUACGAUAACAAUGAUCAGAACAAUAACAAGGACCAAAACGGCAACUUCAAAACUGCUUAG